AUGGCUGAACGUACAGGCAAUGACUUGACAAAUGAGGAGUUGGGGGUAGAGACAGAAGACAACGAGGAAACAGAUUUGAUGGAUGCACUUCGUGCAACAGCGGCUGAAAGGAGAGAGGGAGUAUCAAUGACUAAGCAGCGUAAACUAGAAUUGGACCCUGUUUUAGAUUAUAUGAUUAAUGCUGAUGUGCAGCCAGGCUUAAAGUGUAGGCGAAAAGUGUUUGACCUGUAUUUUGACAACAAAGCUGCUGGUGAGAAUAGCCAGAUUCCAACUAUCACUUAUGUGUCUCAGAUAGUCCAACAGGGUGUUCUUGCUGCCAUAUCUCUAUCUCUCAACCCCUCUUCUGUUGCAACAUACACAAUCCUGAAUGUGCACAUCACCGCAAGAUUAAGACUUUGA